ACUUGCGCCGAGGCUGGAGGGCAGAUUUGAAGCGAAGGGGGCCCCGUCGGUUUGAUAAGCAGCAGCAGAUGGACCGGCAGUUGAGUACGGUUGCGGCUCAUAUCCCUGGCCAUAACUGCUCACGGAGCCUUCGACUCUGAAUCUCGAGUUAGAGGGAUCUUGCAAGUAUCCAUAUGGUGGCCUUGCGCCUAUUGACGGCGCUCGCGAGGAUUGGCUGGUAGACGACAAUGAGGGCUCAUGGACUGACGGGUUGCGACUGGGCGACAUGUAGGCGUCAUGUGUCUGAUAUGGGGCAGGCAAACAAGAGUCGUAUCCAGCAAAUGCAUUAAAAUCCGCAUGCAGGGCGUCAGGUUCUACCGAGCUUGAAGAAGCUGUGCUUGUCCCAGCCACUAAGCCGUCUGGUGUGACCCAAGCAGUGCUACCGUGGUCCAUGGGAGGCGGUGAUAGAAGCUCUGGCUGAGGCACUGUGAACCAGCGAGCGUGGUGGAAGUACGAAUUCGAAUCCAAGUCUGACUGUGAAACGCCUGAGACAGCUUGCUGAAAUGGAGAGCCGUAGCAAGACGGCAGACGAUUUGGGGGGCAGGAAGUGUCAGAACUGGACGAACUCGUUUCGAAGAACUGUGAAUACUGCGAUACGGGGGAGUUCGAGGUCGAGGGAGGUGUCAGGUACAUAUUUGAGGUCGUUAUAGAAAGCAAGUAUGCGAGGGUCGGGUUAGAAUCCGUGGGGAUGCUAGGGUCUCAUGAGCCAUGCACUUCCGGUAGGUAGAGAACCACAGGCCACAGGCACCGUUAGAUUAGGUACUGCAGUGAGUAGAGAUUCAUCGACCAAGACGGGAAACCCCAUGACGGGGUAUCAGUUGGAUAAAUACAGCGAGGGCACAACCAACACGGGAGAUGGAGUUGUGAGCAACAGACGCAGACGGACGGUGGCAACAAAGACGAACGUCGACCAGACCAAGUCCUGGGCGAGAAAUGGACGUACGUACAGGGAAGAUCGAUUACUUAGAUCCUCUUUGAUGAAGCUACUACCAUCGAUGAAUUAGACCCAGACGAGGAUUGUCGAAGGAUCAGUCUCCGCCUGCAUGGGGGGGUGCUAGAGAAACAGGCAAGACAGGCUAGACAGACGAGUCCAGGGUGGGGAGACGGGUAGGUUGGCGUUCACGGCUAGAGAGUCACUGGGAAGGUGUCGAGAAGCGGGUGACGGGGCCGGGAGGAGAGCGAAAUGAGGUCUAGGCUAGGAUUGAGCUCGCCAACCACACGGCUGGGCCAUUGCGACCCUUGACAGAUCUCGCGGAUGACUUGAGGUAGAUAACGGUAUCGCUAGGGCCGUUUGCUGUCACCAGCCAGCCAAGCAAGAUGUGUGCAAGUCAGACCGUUGAGUGCCCCAAAUUAGAGCAUAAAAUCAAC